AGCCGCCCGGUACCUGCAUAUUCGAUGCAGGCCUUGCAUCGCGACAGACGGGUUAGAACGGCACAGAACACAACGAACAAUGGACUGUUGACUGCUAUCUCCCGUUACGACAAUGUUCGAAAACCACCUCUCUCUCCGCCCCUCUUCUGCGGAAUAACGAUGAAAAUACACAAGUCAAAUCAACAAUAAUCAUUCACUUUCUCAAUCAAGCUGGUCGGAGCAAUACUAGGGCCGCACUAUAUACACCAUGCCCCGAGUCGGCAUCUACCGCCCCCAUGGCUCGGAUGCGCGGUCGAGAACCAAUGGUUGACCAUCUCCGGGCAGGCCUACUACUCGGUAGUACUGUAUCAGGCGUGAUAGCGUCCGAUCGAGUCCACCACUUCCUCCCUUUGUGCAUGGGGUUGUCAGAUGAACGGAAAUUUGAACAUCUAUUUUGCGCUUUUAGGCGUCAUGAUAAAAGGUUCCGCCUGCCCACGGAUGAAACCUUGUGCUCUCUCUUUUUGCCGCUCUUUUACGAUUUCUCCUUGAACUUCUGUCCCUGCGAGAUUCCUGUUCGUCAUCGAACACGAUAAUUUAA